AUGCCAACUUCGCCUAAUCGUGAACAAUCCGAUAUGUCGGCUCGCAAUAUACAAUUUGAAAAAUUACUAAAUAAUGAUCAAGAGGUUGGAGAAACAACCAUUGUUCAAGUUGUAGUUGAAAAUGAAAAAUUAGCCAGAAUUGAAAAACGUACACGAUUGGCACAUAAAGGAAGACUACUAACAAAACCUUGGCAAACUGCAGCAGUUAUAGUAACAGUAUUAGCGAUAUUUGUUGGCUUCAUAGGUGGACUAGCAUAUUGGAUAACAUUGCCAAAAGUAAUAACACAACCAUACUUGUUAUACGGUGUAACGUGUUAUAUGAAUUCACGUAGUUGUGAUGCAACACGUAACUUGUAUUGUCCAGCUGGUACUUGUAUUUGUACGCAAAAUUAUCAGUGGAAUUCAGCAACACAAAAUUGUAGCUGUGGUACUUAUACACAGUGGACUGGUUUUACUUGUACGAGCUAUGGCUCUUAUGGUUAUCCAUGUAAUAUUGUUUCUUGUCUACCAACGUUAAAAUGCCAAACUCUUCCUACCCAGACCUAUACAACUGCUCAGCUUACUUGUUCAUGUGAUAAUACGACAUAUUUAAAUACAGCUGGACAAUGCGUAACAAAAUUAGGUUAUAAUUUUA